AUGAAGGUGUUGAGAGUAGUCAUUCUGGGAGCAACUAAAGUUGGAAAAACAACACUUCUGAAUACGUUUUUGCAAUCCCCCUCGGAACAUGGCAUAGAGUCUAACGUAUCCAAAGAUGUUCACAGUAAAACGAUCCUUUUUCCAGAUGGGCUGUAUCAUCGAGUGGAGUUUGUGGAUAUCAGUAAUCUGGAUGAAUUUCCUUCCAUGAAAGAAGUGUACAUCCAGACGGGAGACGCGUUUGUCGUCAUGUAUGCAGUAGACAACCAGCAAUCGUACACAGAGGCCCAGGUCAUAUGUAAAGAAAUCACCAGGCUAAAAGGUCAAUGGUUCAACAAUAUAGUACUGGUUGGAAAUAAACUCGAUAUGAAAUCAACCCGGAGAAUUUCCACAGAAAAAGCAUGGGCAAAUGUUCCAGAAACUUGUCUUUUCACUGAGACCAGCGCAAAAUUAGGUCUAAACAUUAAAUGUCCAUUUACUCUCCUGUUUGACAAUUAUUUGCAAACGGUUCAGGAAAAUGAAUCAUCCAACAUGGAAAUGAAACGAUAUAAAGUUAGAAAAUCGGCAAGCAUCCAGAUUCAACGAAAAUUCUCCAUUCCAUUUAGAGGUCGUCUUUAUACCGUUUAA